CAACAUUAAAACAAGGCAGAGAGACGCCGGGCAGGUUCACACACAGCACACGCAAGACAGAGAGACGGGCACCACCACCACAGAGUGAACAUCGACGACGAGCGUGGAGAGGGGGGAGAUACACGCAGGCUCGGCUGGGGCGGAUUAGCGAAUGACACGGAGCAGAAGGGGCUCAACAUCGUCAACGUCGUCUUCAUCAUCAUCGUCAGACGUCCGUGGCAGGAGCGAAACUUCAGUUUCUUUGCGCGCGUCUGGCGAGCGAGUCGGAGGACUUUAAAGUAGCGCUGUUGUUUAGAGACCGUCGUGGUUUGGGAGUUCGCGAUUCAUAUCGAGAGAGAGAGAGAUCAGCUGCGUGGAUCACCACCACCAUCAUCAUCACCAUCAACAUCAUCACCACCAUCAACAUCAUCAUCACCAUCAACAUCAUCACCACCAUCAACAUCAUCAACACCAUCACCACCAUCAACAUCAUCACCACCAUCAACAUCAACACCACCACCAUUACCAUCACCACCACCAUCACCACCAUCACCAUCAUCACCACCGAGCCACCACCUGGCCGGAGGUGGCCACGCGCGGCCGCUCUCGCUCACGGGGCUCGUCCACGAUGAACGAUGUGAAAGUCGUCGUGCUCGGCAGCGACAACGUGGGCAAGUCCGCCCUCAUCGUGAGAUAUCUUACCAAGCGCUUCAUUGGGGAAUACGCGUCCAAUUCAGACUCCCUGUACAGGAAACGCCUGUCUGUGGACGGGCGGCAGAUGAACCUGGAGAUUUUUGACCCGUGCUCGCAGCUGCGAGAAGGCCGCACGGGCCUGGGUGACCAGGUGCAGUGGGCGGACGGCUUCUUGAUCGUGUACGACAUCAGCGACAAGGCCUCCUUCCUGGCCGCCCAGUCCCUGGUCUACCGCAUCAAGGAGUCCCACCAGGAGCUGUACAAGAGCGACGCGCACCCGAUGCUCUGCCUCGUGGGCAACAAGCAGGACCUGUGCCACGCUCGCGAGGUCGAGGAGGAGGAGGCGCGCCUCUUCGCGCUCGAGUGCCGUGCGCAGUUCUGCGAGCUGUCGGCCGCCGAGCAGAGCACCGAGGUGUCGGCGAUGUUCGCGCGGCUGCUGCGCGCCACGCUCGAGUACUCACGCGACCGCCGGAGGCACAGCGGCUCCAAGUCCAUGGCCAAGCUCAUCAACAACGUGUUCGGCAAGCGCCGCCAGUCCGUGUAGCGCCCGCCCGUGCCCGCUCGCUGGACGCGUCUGUGGACUCUUGAGCGCCGACGGUGCAUGGUGUGCAAUGCUGUGGUCGUUUCGUUUUUUUACUUGAUUGAAACUUCGGAGGCUUUCAUGAAAAGUCACAAAGUAAUUGAAGGAUGUGGUGCUGCGGAUAGGGUUGCCAUCCAUCCUGGCUGUUUCCAAGGAUCCUCAUAUUUUUCAGUCAGCUAUUUUGUGACAGUAAAAGUCCAGGUUUUUUGUCACUUGCGUAGUAACGCACCAAUCAAAAGAAUGGAUUACCAUAAUUGUGAGAUAUUCUUCUUCACGUGAUAUGUCCGGGAUUUUUGUAGCCCAGAGGUGGCCAGUGUAAGUGCUGACGUAGAGGCGUUGGGAUUGUGGAUUACUCUGAGGAAGAGUUCGGUGGUGUGAUGGGAGGUGGAUCGGUGGGAGGUGGAUCAGAAUCGGAAUCAGAAUCUUCAUUUGUACUGGAAUAAUCCGAAGAGCUAUGAAGCUCUCUUUCACAGAUCUCCAGUAGGAUUGUUGGGUGGUGGAGAGGGGAAUUGCGCUACGGUGAGAGAACCUGAGCGGACACACUGAGCAGUGAGCUCGUGUAUUGGAUGUGUGGCACGGAGGAGAGACAUUCGAUUUUAACGACUGUUAUGGCUGGGCAGAGCAGGAAAAGUAGGCGAGCCAGUUUAUUUUUACGUGAGCGGUGACGCUAAUUUGGUUGCACAGAAGAAGAUGUAUUAAAAAAAACUGGGUAGAUUCUGGCAUUUAGCCAGAAAUUGGGUGGGGCAGAAAUGUUUGCUAAGGGGGGGAGCACUUUAUAGGCUAAGCUGGGAAACACCCCAGACUCAAGUGGAGAAUUUCCCCUUCAGUUGAGCAAUGGAAAUUUCACAAUCAUUUGGGGUGGAGUCCUCUGACAAGAGUAUGAGAUAGGGCACUUAUUUUGAGCAAUGGAAGUUAAUAAGCUGAGAAAAAAGUCGGAUUUGUCUGGAAAAAGAGGAGCACUUUAGACGAUGACACGGAGCUCCGUAGGCGAGGCUCGUCGAACACACUUGUUCACCAAAGCUAACGGCAAGAAAGCAUAUGACCUCGAGGAAAGGAAAGGUCAACAAUACCGGGAUACCAUUGAGCAGGGCAAAGAACAAUCAGGACCGAAGCUUACCUGACAUUCGAGCCACCCACGUUUCUCGGCAGUAGUUUCCACGACUGCUAGCGGGCCAGAGUGUCCAGUCCGCCGCGUCAUGGUCCUUUGAGACAAGCCGGUGCAUUGUACAAGCACACGAGCAUCAUUCGUUCACUUAAGACGAGCGUUGCUUACCCGUCACCGCAGUGCAGCCGCCGUCGCUCUGGACGAUGCUUCACCACCUUCGGAGUAUUCACUGACAGCAGACAGCAGCUAGGGACUUUAGAAUAGUAGACCGAACUUUUGAACUUUGUACGCAGUAAAUGGAAGAGUUUUGCAAGCUGGCCGCUUUGCCCCUGUGUUGACGGUCAACUGCCAUUAAGAAAUGCUUGAAUUAUAAACCAUACAGGAAGCCAGCGUAACACAUUGAACCAUCCAUUCAGCUCAUUGUCAACAGCCAGUGCUGGUAUGUGCAGGUGUAGAGAACGCACACGCGUGCAGAAAAUAUUUCUUUCAAAAACGCCACGCUGUCCAGAAACACCGCCCAUAUAUCAUAUCGGAUUGUUGGCCCAGGAAUACAUUUUAGCACGGUGCUUGGGCAAACCUGAGCAUUUGGUGUUGAGUGUUACAGUGGCUUGCAUUCUGGUUUCAGGGCUAUCGAGCGUGUCUUAAGAGCAAACAUGGGCCCUUUUAGUGUCAGUGCCUCUGUGUCCCAGCCCCUACCCACGAAAAUCCUUCAAUCGCAGUUUCUGGCAAAUGCACUGAACUUGUUCUGUGGCUUCAUAUUUCAAAGGCAGACUGGCAUCCUUAAGCGGGCGAUAAAGUCUGUAGCAUUUCUUCAAAUGUUAAGUUUGUUUACUUACCUAAUGUUUAGUUUAUCUUUAUAGGGAAAUGAAAUCUGAAGCCAAAUUUUGCCCUUUUAUUUUGAGUCAAGAGUUCAAAUGUCCGUCGUCAGCUAAUAGUGUCGCGUGAACACAAAUCUUGUGUUCGGUGGUGAAGACUAAGCUCACUUGUCACGCAGUCUCAGCAAAUGUUCGGGCUGUGAGAAUGAAAAGAUAUUUACUUUUAACAUAGCUGGCCUCAUAAUUUUGUUUCUAAGAGACAGUUCACCGCCUGGGGUUUGUAAGCAGUGUAUUUAGCAAUACAAAUAAUUAGAUUUCACAGUGAUGCUCUAUACACUCUACCACCAAAGCCGCCACUGUAUAGUUGCAAAGUGUUUCCAUAAGACCGUAUUGACUGUUCUGACAGUGGCAUUCUAUACCGAUGAGAAUUUAAGAUUAAGCAAGGUAAAAUAAUAACAAUAAUAAUGAUUUACAGCCCUUUGUCCUCGACUAAGGCUCACGCACACCGUGCCAGCCGUGCGGGUGGUUUGACCAUACUUCACCGCGCUGAUCAAUGUGGGGGUGGUUGGCGAAUGGGGGCCAAGGACGACUUCAGAUAUUGCUCGCCACUGAUGUUAGUCACGGGCGGGAAUUGAACCUUGCGUCACCAGAGUUAGUUGCGUCCGCCUGCAAACCACUGCACCCCCUCCCCCGGCGUUUUCUUCCCAGAUGCUGCCGGCCAAUUAUCCCUGACUGUCGACUUGGUGAAACGAGCAGUGACAUUGGGUCAGCAACUGUGUAAUUGAUAGAACAUCUCAUUUGUAUAUCUGCCCAUGUGGACCAAAGCAAAGACCUGCCCAUGAUGCUGAUGUAGAGAGUAUAUUACGUACGAGGAUUCACGUUUUGAAUAUGGUCAUGUCAAGUAAAUUUUGUCUUGUUUGGUUGGAUGUUUUCUCGGCUCUAAAAUACCUAUACCGUAUUAUAAAUCUCGACUUAAAGCUUUCGUUACUGCAGGAAUUCAUACUCUUCGGGUCUUUCGGUAAAGUCACGUAGAUAGAAAAGUAAUUUUAAAAAAUCACGACGUUUCAUAUAUUUCCUCUGCCUCAGCAGUUCUUCUGCUGUAUUUUUUCACCUGAAGACGAUUGAUUGUGUUGCGAUCGAAACGUCGUGAAUUUUUAUUAUUAUUUUUCUAUCUACGUGACUUUACCGAAAGAGCCAAAGAGUACUACUGUAUACCGUAUUGUUAAAAAAUAAAACUCAUGCUCAACGUGGUUGCAUAUGUACGAACACCAAUCACGGUUUGAUUAACAAGACGAUCGGAAUUGGCCAAACAGCCCAAGUUUAAGACCUAUUCUGAAAAUGUCUCCAGGCUUUUACUGGGUGACUAAAAUAUCGUCACCAAUUUAAAAAUAUGUACAUUUUUGAAAUAUAUAUAAUGAUGAUAAGAUCGCAUAGAAUUAUAUGAGCUACUAUUAGCGCAAACAUCCUACAUUUUAUUAAAUCCCCAAAACAUUAACUUAUUCGAUUCCCAUAAAUAUAAGGCACUUAGGAGCUGCAUACCCGGACCGUUCACGACACGUGGCGCAUCCAAUGCUCUUGUACGGGAGAACGUUCACAAGCACUUUAGGAUCUUGCUGUAUGGCGCUGUUUUAAGUGCUGGCAUCUCUUGCUCAUUCACGGAGUUCGUCGGUGUCGUUUUGGGCCCCCGCGGCGUUUUGUGCGUCGAUGCUGUUGCUGCCUAUCGCGCAUUCGCAUGGGAAACGCACGUGGGCCCUCCCCCCUCUCUCUCUCGCCCUCCCAACGUAGACAGGGCAUUCGAAAAGCUCCCCCCGUCGGCUCUGCGAACAACGUAGUGUUGUUCUACCAAAGAAAUGUGGUGGUUUUUUGUUAAUUUUUUUUUCCCGGCUGGCGAUCGCGUUACAAUCGUGUACAUACGACACAAACGCCGCACCAAACUGUAGCCUUCGUGUAUUUAACAGCAUUGCAUUUCUAAAUGUACAGUGUAAAAUACGUGUGACAUGUUGCGUGAUGAUGCUUUGCGUUACUGUUCAUAAUGUGAAGUUAUUUUGUAAUAAACAUUCUAUUCGUC